AGAGUGAGGGAGCGUCGCGAAAGUUGACGGUUUAGAGCCUCUUCUUUUUGGCUGUCCAAAGGGGAAAAUUGGUGAAAUAUUUUCACUAAAAAUAAUACAAGUCCAGUUUCUCAUUCUCCAAGAACCCUCCUCCACCGAAGCUUGGAAGUGCAUGGAAACCCCCUCUCCCUGACCUUUAAGGAGUACCAGGUAGACGGUCUCUUAGUCCCUCUCGGAGCUCCGCCUGCCUUGAUGCCCCGCCCCCUGCUGGAGCUCGAGCCGCCGAUUGGUUAGGAGCACUUGAGCGGCGGAAGCAGCUGGCUCGCGCGGGGACGGGGGAGGGGGAGAGUUGUGAAGAUGGCGGCAGUGGUGGAGGUGGAGGUUGGAGGAGGUCCUGCCGGGGAACGGGAGCUAGAUGAGGUUGAUAUGUCAGACCUCUCCCCAGAGGAGCAGUGGAGGGUUGAGCACGCACGCAUGCAUGCCAAGCACCGCGGCCAUGAAGCCAUGCACGCUGAAAUGGUCCUCAUCCUCAUCGCUACUUUGGUGGUGGCCCAGCUGCUCCUGGUGCAGUGGAAACAAAGGCACCCCCGCUCCUACAAUAUGGUGACCCUCUUUCAGAUGUGGGUUGUUCCCCUCUAUUUCACAGUGAAGCUGCAUUGGUGGAGGUUCCUAGUGAUCUGGAUCUUGUUCUCUGCUGUCACAGCUUUUGUCACCUUCCGAGCCACCCGAAAACCACUAGUACAGACAACCCCAAGGUUGGUUUAUAAGUGGUUCCUGUUGAUCUAUAAAAUCAGCUAUGCCACUGGCAUUGUUGGCUACAUGGCUGUCAUGUUUACCCUCUUUGGUCUCAAUUUAUUAUUCAAGAUCAAACCAGAAGACGCCAUGGAUUUUGGCAUUUCUCUCCUCUUCUAUGGCCUCUAUUAUGGAGUUCUUGAGCGAGACUUUGCAGAAAUGUGUGCAGACUACAUGGCAUCUACCAUAGGGUUCUACAGCGAGUCGGGCAUGCCUACCAAACACCUCUCGGACAGUGUGUGUGCUGUGUGUGGGCAGCAGAUCUUUGUGGAUGUCAGUGAAGAGGGCAUCAUCGAGAACACAUAUAGGCUGUCUUGCAAUCACGUAUUCCACGAGUUCUGCAUCCGUGGCUGGUGCAUCGUGGGAAAGAAGCAGACGUGUCCCUACUGCAAAGAGAAGGUAGACCUCAAGAGGAUGUUCAGCAACCCCUGGGAGAGGCCUCACGUCAUGUAUGGGCAACUGCUGGAUUGGCUUCGGUACUUGGUAGCCUGGCAGCCUGUCAUCAUUGGCCUGGUGCAAGGCAUCAACUACGUCCUGGGCCUGGAGUAGCCAGGAAGAAGAGCAUCCGCCCGCUACGGACCUCAGGGCACUCUCCUCCCUGCCCUCCAAGACCUCCUGGGUGGGAAGGACUCAAAAGGGGCCCUUGGGCCACUCAGGACCCCUCCGGCUGUGCCCGGGCUGGGGAGGGAGAUGAUGGAGAGCCAGCCAGUGGGGCUGUCAGCAGUGGGGGCUUUUUAAAAGAAAACUAUUUUGAUGAAUAUAUUUAAAAACCUUUUUUAUUGUGAAGCAUAGGAAUUGCCCCAACUCCUCCAGGCCUCGCCCUCCUUGCUUGAGCAUGGCAGGAGCAGAGCCACAUUUUUGGUUUAAAGGAGCCUUCUCAUCUCUGGCUGAGAGCCUCAGCCUCCACUCCUCCCCUCCCGCCCCCCCGCCAGCCCUUCCUUCCCUCCGUGGGGCUCCAGCCUGCUUCACUCCCGUGUGGGAGAGCUCAUGGUCUCUGCC